AUGGAUCACAACACCCCGUGUAAAACGAAAGCUGAUUGUGGAGAUGAUGAUUGUAUCGGUGGAUUCUGCUUCGAAGUUGUCAAAACACCAAAGAACAUUGACACUCUCACCGCUGCAGGAGCACCAAAGCGAAAGGGAUACAUGGAUCCCGUGCAACCCAAAAAGUGCGAAACGAAUGCUGAUUGUGGAGAUGGUGCAGAUGAUCAAUGUGUCGGUGGAUUAUGCUUUGAAGUUGUCAAAACACCAAAGAAUUAG